CAUCCACAAAACAGAGCAAUCGAUACCAUACUCUCUUGCUUUCUUCUUCUCUAAACUCUCAAAUCAAUCCAACAGAAACCAUGUCUUGUUGCGGAGGAAAGUGUGGGUGCGGCUCAAGCUGCAAGUGCGGCAGCGGCUGCAACGGCUGCAGCAUGUACCCCGAUCUCGUCGAGACCUCCGCCACUUCCACCCAGAUCCUCAUCGCCGGCGUUGCCCCGGCCAGCAUGGGAUUUGAGGGCUCGGAGAUGAGCUUCGGUGCGGAGAACGGCUGCAAGUGCGGAUCAAACUGCACCUGCGACAACUGCGGCUGCAAAUGAACAAACCCCCCUCUGAAUCUCGCUCGGUUCUAUGUAUGGUUUCUGUAAUAAUAAGAAUCCUUAAAAAAACCAAGACUAGAAAGUUGUUGUGUUGUGGUCGGUGUCAUAGUGCUUGGCCUGGGCACUGAUGUAAAUAAAGAAACAGCCACUGCAGUGCAGGGGGUUUGCUUCCGGAAGGAUACAACAAGCUAGGGGAACUCCUUUUGUUAGGGUUUUCUUAAUUUGCUACUGCUGCUGUGGCUGUGGCUGUGGCUGGGUUUCUGUUUCUACUUGUUUGUGUGUCUCUUUUAACUUGAAUGCCUUGUUGGAUUUCAUUUCGCCGAGCAGAUACUAUAAUACGGGUGUGUUAUGUUUUCCUGCUCUUGCUUUAUUAUUUCCGACUCCGUAACGUAAUUGAUCCAUUAUUAAUUUAAUUGGAACUGGUAAAGUAGGAUAAGAUCGUUGACAAAACGGCAAACACCACUGCUCCACUUGAUUAUUGCUCACAGUGUCACCGUCGAUUGGGCAUCUGAUACCAGGAAAAGGGAUAAAACAGAGGAGGAAAAGAAUGAAGGAAAGACGGGACUUCUACAGAGUGUGAUCCCGUCCCACUAAUGCUAAGCCUCUCAUCUCAUGGAAAAACUGUGAUCC